CCACAUAUCUCCCUUUCUUCGCCCCUAGCUCAUUAAAUCAAUCAUCGCCGACGAUUAGGGGGGACAACCACCGGACGGAUAAUGGCAAAGCCGCUUGGACCGACGGGAGAGUUCUUCAGGAGGAGGGACGAGUGGAGGAAGCACCCGAUGCUGUCGAAUCAGCUCCGCCACGCCGUUCCUGGGCUCGGCAUCGCCCUUGUUGCCUUUGGCAUCUACCUCGCCGGCGAAGCCGCCUACAACAAGAUCUAUGCUCCUUCGCAUCCUCAAUCUGGAUCCACCGACUCCGCUUCUCACUCUCACUGAGAACAAUCGUCUCUUAGAAAGAGGAACCAAUUCUUGAGGCGAGCAGAAGCAGUGUGUGUGUGUGUGUUUAAGGAAUCUAUUAUGUUUCUUUACUGUAUCAUCUUUGUUGUGUUUAUCAAUAAAAUCAAACACGAACUUUUCUUCAAUCGAGCUAAAACAGUUCGGGCAACUGAUUUUUGGAUAUGGUAAUGAGGUAAUCUUCCUAUUUUAGUCAACUUCUAUUAUUGAUUCCUAUUACUAGUUGGAGUUAUAAUCCCCU